AUGAACAAUGUAAUAGUUUAAGUAUUUGAAUUGUAUUUAUAGUAUUUUGCAAACGGUACAGACUGCUAUCAUACUAGAAUACUCAGAGAUUCUUCAAUCUACCUGGCUAAGGAACUCUCAAUCAAAAUAACAAUUUUUUAACACGCUAUAAUAAACGUAGUUAUCACUGAUGAUAAGGAAAUUGAUAAUUCAAGCGAAAAGAAAAGAUUUAGAAUUUCAGAUUAUGAUGGCAUAGAAUGGAAGUAAUUGUAGGUUGAUUAGGAUGUAGCAAUAUUUAACCAAGGUGACCACAUGACCAUUGUUGGCAAUGACAGAUCAGAUCAAAUUUAAUAUGUGGUAGAGUAUAAUCCAUUUAGAAUUCUUAUGCAUAUCAAUGGAAAAUUAGUAAUGGAGGUGAAUAACAACGAUUUACUCUAUUUUGAGAACAAAAAAAUCAAAAAAGAAGCAAGCAAAACUAUGAUAGAUAAAAUUAUGUUUGAAUCGUGGGAUUAUACUGAUGCAAAAGAACCACUAGCUAGUUACUUCCCUGGAAUCCGGUUCGCUGAUAAAAAGAACUUGUUUUCUAAUAAGAUUCUGAGAAAAGGCAAGAAUUUCGACUUCAGAGAGUCACUUGGACUGUCAUUCAAAAUGAAUUCACAGUAUUUAUAUGGAUUGCCCGAAAGAGCUGAUAAAUUUUUAUUACGAUCGACUGAAGACACCGAACCUUAUAGAUUAUACAAUUUGGAUGUGUUUGAGCAUGAACCUUAUAGUCCUUAGUCGCUGUAUGGAUCAGUUCCGUAUAUAACAGCUCACACUGACGAAUUUGACACAUCAAUCCUCUGGGUCAACGCAGCAGAAACUCAUGUAGACAUUUUUAGUGGUGAUAAACAAGAUGAUAAUUAAGUUGAGGAAAAAUUUAGUGAUAGAAGAAUGACAUUUCUGAGUGAGUCUGGUAUGAUGGAAUUUAUAUUGAUAGGAAAUUCCGCUUAAAACGGAGGACCUAAGAGAAUUCAAGAAAAAUUGGCAAUAAUUACUGGUUAUUAGGUUUUACCACCUUAUUGGGCACUCGGAUUUCACUACUCUAAGUGGGAGAAAAUAUCUACAGACAGACUCAAAGCAUUAUUGACUCAGUUUAAUUAGAACAAAUACCCAGUAGAUGUUUUCUGGCUUGAUAUAGAGUAUGCAAGAAAUAAAACAUAUUUUGAAUUUGACUAAAGCAGGUUUUAGAAUUUUGAGGAAUUUGUAUAAAUGAUUGAAAAAGAAGAAAAAAGAUUAACCAUUAUUACUGAUCCUCAUAUUAAGGUUGAUGACGACUAUUUCGUGUAUAGAGAUGGAUAAAAUGUAGUAGUAAAGUUGGAGAAAGAUGAGACAAUAGUUGGGGCAUUCGUGAGAGAUCAUUAGAACAAGACAUUUGUUGGUGACUGCUGGCCUGGAAAGAGUGUCUGGAUUGACUAUUUAAAUGAUAAAGCUAAUGAGUACUGGAGAUCUUUGUAUCAGUAUGAUAAAUUUAAAGGCACAAAUAAAUUAUUUGGUUAUUGGGUAGAUAUGAAUGAACCCUCUCAUAAGGACUUACAUAAUGCAUAUGGCUUGUUAAUGGCGAAAUAAUCAUAUUAAGGUGCCUAUGAAAGAGAAAAUGAUAGAAAUUUACGCCCUUUUAUGCUAAGCAGAUCUGUUUUCUUUGGCAGCUAAAAAUAUGGAGCAAUGUGGACUGGAGAUAAUUAAGCUAAUUAUGAGUUUACCGCCCUCUCAAUUUCGAUGUGUUUAACAAUGGCUGUUUCAGGAAUACCAUUCUGUGGAUCUGAUGUAGGAGGCUUCUUCGGUAAGUCUUAUCAAGAUUACUUGGCAAAGUGGUAUUAAAUAGCUGUAUUUCAGCCAUUCUUCAGAGCUCAUGCACAUGAUACAGUUAAAAACAGAGAACCAUGGCUAUAUACGAUGUUCUACUUUACUACUAUUACUGGAAUACCUUUAAUGAGACCAAUGUGGCAAGAAUAUCCUCAAGACAUUUAAACUUUUAGUUUGGAUCUCUAGUAUAUGUUUGGUGAUUCAUUCCUUGUCUCUUUACCUUUUCCAGACCCUACAAGGCGAUCAAGCUCUUUAAAGACUCUAAAAGAUCCAUUCCUGUUCGAAAUUUAUCCCAGAAUAGACAAUAGAACUGCCACUGGUUAUUUGUACUUAGAUGAUGGGGAGACAUAUAAUUUUGAGAGAGAGGAUAAGUACACAUUGCUGGAGUUCAAAUAUGAUGAAGAUUAUGGACUUAUUGUUAAUCAUAAGAAAUUCAAAUAUGUCGACAAACCCAUAAUAAUUCAGCAUAUGGUUAUUUAUAAUCUUAGCAGAGCUCCAUUUGCUGUUGAUGUUUUAAGAGAUGAUGGAUUUGAAUUGCUUACUCCUGAAUAAGCUAUUUACUAAGAUGAGUCUUAGAAACUGAUUUUGAAAAAUAUUAAAAUUGAUUUGAUGGCAAUUGAGGAAGGCCAAAUUAUGAGGAUGCAGUUUGCCAAGAAAGAAAAAGUACAAAGAAUUUCAGAAGAUUUGUGA